AUGCUUCAAAUGCUGGAAACGGUACCACACUUCAUAUUGCCUCCAAUCAACGUCGAAGGAAAAAAGCUACCAGAACGGUUCGAAAAGCGAACCAAACAGCAAAAGGUCAUUAAAGACAGGAAAUAUAGCGCUCAGGAGACUAAGAGGCACAAAUCGACGUCGACAAUCAACUACGUCAAUCAAGAACAAGAAGGGCCUGCAAGACAGGAGACCAUUGUCGUAGAAAUUCAGCAUGAAGGUCCGCAUCGACAAAGUCAGCAAACCACCGUAUUCCCCACCAGAGAAAUUACAGUGGUGAACACAACUACAAAAACAUUUCAAAAAGUCGCAAAUUUGCUGAAUACGGGUGCCGAACUCUCUUUCGUCGAUGCAAUAUCGGGUGCAGAAAUUGAUCUUCCUAUCAUAGUAGAAACUAGACUACGCCUAUGUACAUUCGGAUUUGAGAAAGCACGAGAAAAGCCGCUGAAUAAAGUCUCGCUCAAAACAUGGGACGCUGGAGAUCAUUCGUUCCCUAUGCGUUUGUUCACGCACGAUAAGUUAGUGAAACCACUUGUUAUUCUGACAGUUCCUAAGAAAGAUGUGAACUUCAUUCAUCAGCGUAAUCCUUCCGUUAUCUGUGGAAGAACGAAUUAA